AUGAGCACAGGGGACGCCUUAGCGUGCGCGUCGACCACGGCGGUGACAGCGCCAGAGGAACCGGAAGCAGGAGACGGGGGUGUGCGCGAAAGUCACAGCGCGCUGUCUGUGGGACCCACGUGCCGAAUAUGCUUCCGGGGAUGCCUGGAGGAAGCGCUGCGCCAGCCCUGCAACUGUCGAGGCAGCAUCGGCUUGGUGCACGCCUCGUGCCUCGAGAAGUGGGUCUCGCAGCGCAGAAAUCCUCGCUGUGACAUCUGCGCCUUCGCCUACCAGGUGGAGGAACGCUCGAAGUCGUACGCCGAGUUGCUCUGUGACCGCGAGGCCCGUGGUCGUCCUAUGGGCUACCUCUUACGUGCUAUCGGUCUACUCCUGUGCGUGUUGUUCCUGCUCCCCAUGAGCUGUGCCUUCAUCGCCGGCCUGCAUUACUCGCUAGUCUCCGUCUCACUCUACGUCUUCAGCGUGGGCCACAGCAUGUUCUGGUUCCGAAGACCCGUGCUCUUUUUCAUCGAGUUUUUGAAAACCACGGUCGAGUGGAAGCGCAACUCGUCCUACUUGAAGCUAGUCCUACCAGCCCCGUGCGUGCCGGGUGCGCCGGUAAGUGACAGUGCUUGCUUGCACCAGAGCCCCAGCGUCAAAGAGGCCCCCCAGCCAACCGCAUCCCGGCGUUUGCUAGUCUUCGGUGCUGUGUUCUCCCUGAACGUGGUUCUGACGCUGCCUCUGGCUUGGUUGGGCGCCAUAGAGAUGCGCAAGGCGGUACCGACAGUGCUCAUGUACUACGCGUGUGCCUUCCUGUGCCUGCUGUCCGUUGUGUGGAUAUCCAUGCCGAUCGCAUGUUUCGUGUAA